AAUUUGGUCGAACGAAGGCAAAAUUUAAACUAGCGGUGAGAUGUCAGUUCCUAUUAGAGCCACAUUUUGGGUGGUGACGUUUGGCUCCCUCGGUUAUGCACUGUUCAAGUUGGUCAAACCUGAUGAUGAACUACUUAAGCAGUUUAACGAAGAAUCAAAACACACAGAUGCCCGAAGAGUAAGCCACCAAACCAUUAAUGUUUUAAAACAAGCCGCUAGUCCCAAUUCAGACUUAAACAAGACAAUAGACGAUUUGUUAAAGAAAGGAAAAUGAGUGACAGAAAUUCAGUGUUAGAAAGAUUAAGUAGGAGAGACGCACAACGCUUAGAAAAACUACAGAAGGCUCAUAAGGCAAGGGAAGAAGUGGAUGCUUCCAACGAAAAUGAAGAUUUUUUUUCAGGCUCAUUUAAAAUUAAAUCAGAAUACAUAGAAGACUUACUGAUGCAGGUUCCAACGCUAGAAUUGACUACAUUGCCUUCACACUUUGAUAGCAUAAAAAGAGAAGUAAACGAAUUACAAAAAUAUGUUGUGACAUCAUCAUUCUUCUUGAAGGAAUUCAACAUGCGUAAAUAUUUGGGAAUUGUACAGAACCUUCAAGCAAAAUGUUAUGAAUUAGAAGAAAGAUAUGUUCCAAGAAAAAAGUUUGGUUUCUCAAAGAAAAAGCUUCCUAAGUCGCACACUCAAAAACAAAGUUCGCUCGAUGAAAAUGAUGCUGCAAGAAAGACAGAUAGCAACAAAUGGGAUGAGAAACUUUUCGGUUUUGAUUCACUGACUGAUAAAGUGCUACUGCUUGAAAACGAUGAGUUAUUCCAAAGGGAUGUUGCUUUAAGGAAUCUUACGAACUGUACUGUUGGCCUCAAAGGUGUCAUGGGAACAUUGCAUUUAACCAACCUAGUAAACUGUAUAGUACUUUCUGGACCAGUGACUUCAUCAGUAUUUAUGGAGAAAUGUACAAAUUGUAAGAUAGUUGCCGCAUGCCAGCAGUUGAGGAUGCACACAUCCACUAAUUGUGAUAUUUAUUUACAUGUGACCAGCAAGGGAAUUGUAGAGGAUUGCACUGAAAUAUGCACAGCACCUUACAAUUUGUAUUAUGAAGACUUAGAAAAGCAUUUCAACAUGUCCGGCUUAGACCGGAACUCUAAUAACUGGGAUCGUUUGGAUGAUUUCAACUGGCUGGCUCCAGAUGUUCCCUCACCUAAUUGGUCAGUGUUGAACGCUGAGCUGCGAAUCAACAGUUGGGAUGAGUGGUGGUCAAGAAUUCCUUCCUAGUAGUGGAUAGUAGCAAAAAAAUUGCAGUUUAUAUAAAGCUAAUUAAUAAUCAAAUAUGAUAGAGUGUAACACCUAAUUUAGUUAUUGCAACUAAUUUAUUUAAUAAGGCUGUUUUACAUUAUUUUAAUUUUUGAUUGCUUAUUUACACCUAGGUGAAAACAAACCUUGAUGAAACAUUGAACAAUUACUAAUUUUGUACAAAACCCAGAUCUUGGUUUGUGAAAUGUAAUUUGAGCAAAACUGUCACCAAAAUAUUUGUGAACAGCCUUUAAUAUUGACAGUUAAAAAACAUGAAUCAUGACACUCAUUUUGAGCACUGUAAGUCUUAAUUUUUGAAAACCAUUGUAACAAGCAUUUUUUAGAAAGGAAUAAAUAUCCUUGCCUUAUAUUUUUUACUUGAUUAGUCUUUCGAAAGAGUCAUAAAUUAAAUUAUCAUCGUUGGAAUACCACUUCUGAGAUGUUUCAGACAGCUGCAUCCUCGAGCCUUUCAGAUAGUUUAUAAUAGUUACGCAAAAAAUAUAAGCCUCUUAAUUCUUAAUCAUUAUUAGCUAGACGAGAAAAUAUUCAAAUACUCUUUUUUUCUGAUUUAUAAAGUUAUAACAUUGUCAACCACAAAUUAUGUUAAGUUAAUAAAUAUCCGCUUAUUUAAUUCACUACAUAUAAUUUAUGGAAAAUAAAUAACUUUAUUAUUAGAAAAA